CCAGCACUCAGCACAGUGGGGUCCAAUCUGACACGAGGUCUCCUGUGGCUACUGUCAUACAAAUAAUAAUAAGAGCAGUUGGCCAGUAAAUUCACCCAAUCCUGCUCUCCUUGUUCUCCCAAAGGUUCCCACUGAAGCCAACAGGGGGCUUUGAAGGGAUGGAGAAAGUCAGCUUGGGCUCAUCAUUUGGCACCCUAUUUUAAUACUUCAGAAGACACAUUCACAUGACUUAACUUUGUGAGCAAAGAUUCAGGCUGGCUCCGUUCAAUAAUCAUCAUUGCACGAUACUGCGUUUGUUGUGCGGGGGAAGCAACGGCUGCUAGUCCAGUACUGAACAUGUCCUAUCAGACCAUUUAAUCAGCUACAGUUGUGACCGCUGCAGCAUAAACAUCUCAGUGGAAACUGCUGGAAUGUGGAGAGUGGGAAGGAGGAGCUGAGAUGCCGGAGGCAGAGAGCUUUAUUUGCUCUGGGCUCUCUCGUUAUUGCAUAUAAAAGGCUUACAGGGACUGACCCACUAAAGUAGAGGAGAAGGUGGUGAGAAGACAAGUGGAGCUACCGUUGUAGAGACCAGCACUAGCCAUGGGAAGAGCUGCCCAGAAAACCCUCCUCUCUUUACUCUGUCUAGCAGCAGUGGUUUGUCAGGCUCAGGACACCUGCCCAGUGGUGAGGGUAGUGGGUCUCAACAGUACCGAGAAACUCAUUAUUCUCCAAGGCUGCCCUGGAAUUCCGGGUGCUGUAGGGCCCAGAGGAGACCAAGGAACUGCAGGAAAUACAGGACAACGGGGACCUCAGGGGAUCUCUGGAAAGGCGGGGAAAAGUGGCCGAAAAGGACAAAGAGGUGCUGGGGGCCCCCCUGGAAUGAAAGGAGGUAAAGGAGACCUGGGAGACCCUGGAUCCCCUGGAACACCUGGAGAGGAGGUGCUUGAGAAAAUGCAGUGUACGAAAGGAGCAAAGAACUGCAAGGAGCUGUUAGCCAGAGGCAACAUCCUGAGCGACUGGUACACCAUCUACCCCCGUGACUGUAACGCCAUAACCGUGCUGUGUGACAUGGACACAGAUGGUGGAGGAUGGAUUGUGUUCCAGAGACGGGUGGAUGGCUCCAUGGAUUUCUUACGUGACUGGAAUUCAUACAAAAGAGGUUUCGGCAGCCAGCUGUCAGAAUUCUGGCUGGGGAACGACAAUAUCCACCUACUAACUUCCCUUGGAGCCAACGAGCUUCGCAUCGAUCUCAGAGAUUUUGACACCAACUAUCAAUUUGCUACCUACAGAUCAUUCAAAAUUGCAGGGGAGACCGAGAAAUACAAGCUGAUCCUUGGAGCCUUUGUUAAUGGCACUGCAGGGGAUUCCUUAACUGAACACAACGGUAUGAUGUUUACAACCCGAGACCAUGACAACGACUUGUCUAUAACUAACUGUGCUAUAGCCUUUAAAGGGGCCUGGUGGUACAGGGAUUGUCAUAUGUCCAACCUGAAUGGAUUAUACCUGAGUGGAGCCCAUGAAAGCUAUGGUGCUGGGGUGAGUUGGUCUUCAGGCAAAGGGCAGAUGUACUCCUACUGGUGGUCUGAGAUGAAAAUUCGGCCUGUGUAGCCAAUCCGAGAGGCAGUUAUAAUAAUUAUACUUAGCUCUUACAUAGCAUUAUAGGCCUGGCAUAAUGAACAUUUAUCUGGAGAUGACAAUAAAGAUCUUUUCUUUAUGCACCAGUUAGUAGGGGGCAGACAUCAUCAUACACACUUACCCAGUGCAGUGCAGUCCACUAGGACUAGAGCUAGUAAAAAAAGAUUAAAAUAGUUUUUUUUUUUGUGGGGGGGGGAAUGGAAUUUCUAAGUUGUUUUCAUUGCAGUGGGUUCUAAAUUAACCCAUUUUUGCUUUUGUGUUUUUAAAUAUUUUUGCAGAUUUUUUUUUCAUUCCUCUCCCUGAUAUCAGACACUGUUAUUUUAUUUUAUCAUUUAAAAAAAACCUGGCUUUCUGUAAAGAAAAAAAUGUGGUCAUUAGCCUGAGAACAUUUUCGAAAAGAAUUGCUGAAAACAUUAAAAAACAUGAUUUUUUCCCCUGCCAAAUAAAACAUUACAACCACAUCAAUGAUAUUUCAUGAAAAUUUUCAUGUUUUUUAAAAAGUGUUUGUCCACAGAAUAACUCAUAGUUU